AUGAAUAUUUCUAAAUUUUUUAUUUAAUUAACGAAGGCCAUUAGCUGAACUCCCGGAUACGUCAUUCCAUUGACGUGUCUUCAAUUUCCCCACCGACUUCCACCAUUGCCAGGAACUUUCGAAGGGAAUUCCUCUGACGCAUUGUUACGAUACAGAAAAGUGUAAUAAUCGGAAGAACUCCUCAACCGUAUGAACUCUCCGAGUGCGGGCGGUCGAGCAGCAGCCAGUCGCAGCGGGUCCCACCGACACGGCGUUCAGUCAGCAGGCUUUUUGGCGGGAGAAAGAAGAGACGACGAGAUGACUGAUGAACGAAGAAGAGCCGCUCAGUCAUCGGAGCGCGCGCUUGCUUCUCCUGCGAGCGAGCAAAGACGGCGCGGGUCGUGGCUAGAGAAGAAGAUGCUUGGAUCGGGAGGAUUCGGGCAGGUGACGCUCUGGCAGCAUGAGACAUCUGGGGAUUCAAUUGCAUUGAAGGUUUGUCGUUCUGAUUUGAAUGAAGCAAACAAACAACGAUGGGCAAAGGAAGUGAAAAUGAUGUAUGACCUCAGGCAUCCUAAUUUAGUGACUGCACUGGCGGUGCCAGACUGCUUUGGUGAUCUAACAAGAAACGGACUGGCAAUAUUGGGAAUGGAAUGGUGUGACAGAGGCAGUCUAAGACAAUGUUUCUGUCGGCCUCAAAAUCGUUGUGGUUUACGAGAGGUAGAAGUUCUUUUGUUGAUGAAGGACAUUGCAGGUGCAGUGGAGUAUCUUCACGAUAAGAGAAUUAUACAUCGUGAUAUCAAACCAGAGAACAUUGUCUUGAAGAAAAUGCAUGGCAGGGUUAUACACAAGCUAAUCGAUCUCGGCUAUGCCAAAGACUUAACCCACGAAACAUUAGCAAAAUCGUUUGUUGGCACGUUUGUCUAUCUGGCACCUGAACUUUUUCUCAGUGUUGAGAAUUAUACGACGACCGUGGAUUACUGGAACUUUGGCUCGAUUGUCUAUGAGGCCAUAACUGGUCGACGUCCGUUUCCCGAUUUUAAGCUCUCACCGAUUACAUGGCAUCUAAAAGUUACAGCCAAAGACAAGCAUGAUAUCUGCAUGCACAAGCGAGCAGAGUCAAAUUUUAGGUAUUCGCAAGACAUCUUCCCUCCUCACUGGCUUACUCGACCUAUGGAAGCUCUUCUUACUGAUUGGCUGAGAUUAAUGCUGCAGUUGGAUCCACACAUGAGAGGAGGUGUAGUCGAGUCAAACAGGCGACCAGAGGCAUUCAACUUCUUGGACAGAAUACUCACUGUUAAUAUCGUCCAGUUCUACUGCAUCAAUAUCAACAACACCGUUGCAUUCGAAGCCAGCUCCCAUGAUUGGUCAGUCCCAACUAGCAUUACGGUUUAUCAAAACCAAUUGGCACAGGAAUGGCAGAUACCGAAGGAGAAUCAACUGAUAUUUGACAAGUUUGGAUUAGAACUGGAGCCGGAGCGGCUGGUGUUGGAGAACGUGGGGAAGAAGGCAAGCCGACAAACAGAAGAGGCGACGGAACAGUACGAUGAAGUCGACUACUAUGUUUUGGAUAACCGUCAGUCACCGGAUGCCGAGACGAUCAUCGAGAGAGCUGCCGUUCCACCACCAGAUGUGAAGUCUUUCAUUAUGGAUGAUCCUCAGGGUAUGAUGUCACAAGAGGAUUGUUCUGACAUUUGGCCACUUGCAAUGAACUUUUGCCAGAAACAACAGCAACAGUGCAACUUGCUUCUCAACGGAUCGAAGGCUCUGUUAGCGAGUUGCACUAACGAGAAUACGACACUUAGUCGUCUGAAUGGAGAGCUGAUGAAACAAAGUUGUCAGCUGGAAGGGAUACAACAGUUUUUCGUGAAGGACCUUCAGCAGGACAUUGACAUGAUCGAAGAGUCACUAACUACAGAGGAUUCGACUGAGACGUUGACCAAAUGGCGUGACAUCACAGAAGAAGUGACGCAGAUGAAAGCAUGGUGCAACGUGUCAACACUUGAAGGUCAAAUCACAGAGGUAAAUGACCAAAUAAAACAAAUCCGGUCGAACCGAUGUUUCCAGUCGUCGAAAUACGACAUCAUGCAAAACAUUGUCAUGGAUUCAAAACGACUUCUAAUGACUGUGAAACGACAGGCUAAAGAGCUGAAGGAUAGUCAAGGAAUAGCCAAUUGUGUCACCAGAUGCAUUUACGAGAGGAACGAGCUAAUAAGGCAGCUGUUUCUCGCCGUUCGAGAUAUGAUGGCUCUGAGAUCGGCAACAUCUGUAGCGGUGAUGAAUAUCAAGGAAACUUUAGAGGCAGUUCAGAAGUGUCGCAGCCGUCUCAGCGAGCUUCAGCUGCAAAAGCAGACCGAACUAUGGCGUUUAGUGAAAGCUGCACAAUCUGCGAGCAAGAACGUGUCUCGUACUCGAACUCUGUCUGUGUCCAGCAGCAGUGAAUUAAAUAGUGCGACUUCGAGUAUUUUCUCUGCUCAGUUAGCUUCUAUAAAUCGGCAGGACAGCACAACGACGGAUGAGGUAAUCGAAGAGACAGGAUCAGCAAUGAAUGAGUUUUCAAACGCCGUAAAACGACUGGCACAGAAUAUAUCCAACAUGGAGACGUUGUCGUUGGACCGUUCGGAUGUGUAGCUUUUUGGCGGGAUUUUCGUUUCACUGAUGUGCAAGUGACGCUUGGCGGGUAUUUUUUUAUUUGAGGUUUUCUGUGGUAUCCGGCUGCUAUUGCAGUCGCGCAUUGAUUCGUAUGGAUCAAGUAUCUAGUGCACGUCGCGCAUGCCAUGAAUUGGAGCUUUGUCGGCUGCUGUUGUAUGUUUAUAGUUUUGACUUCAAUCAAUUUGCACUCUGUUUGAGUUUUGCGUUUUGCUAAUUUCCUGUACGUGUUUUGUCACGAAAAUGACGUCUAUUUGACCGCA